CUCCUUCACCCUGACACCCGGAGACACCAGAGACACAAAGGCCUGGCGUGUCUUGGGGAGAUGGCGGGGCGUGUGGCUGUGGCGGCGGUGCUCCUGCUGCGUCUUGGAGGCGCCCACGGCAACACUCCGGCCACGAACUGUAUGCAACUUAGUGGAGUGGUCGAGGUCAGUGAAGGAAGUAAGGAAAUAAUUUGUAAUGAGACAAUAGGAAAACGUCAAAAUAAUGUGUCGAGAACAGUGUACGUGAAGCCGGGAGAUGACUUCAAGGGAGUUAGUCUUGAAGUGACCCAAGCCAAUGAUACAAGUUAUGUAGCCUGGUUCAACCUUAGCAAGUGUAACAACGGGGACAACAAGUGGAUUAAACUGCAGGUGGAUGUGAAAGCAAAUGCAAAAACAGGCAUCCUUACUACUCUGCAAUUCAAACUAAAAAUUGGAGAAUACAAUGGAAACUGCGGCAGGAUUACAACAGAUUACCUCUUCUACAUUCGUGGCCUGACUAUUGUGGCUCACGGCUCUUCCAAGUGGACAAGCGAACCCAAUGAGACAGACGGCACUUGUCUCGGUCCAGGAGAAUUCUCGAACCAGAAGACCCCAGCCACCUGCGCGGAUCAGCCUAUCACGACCACCACCACCACCACAACAACAACAACAACAACAACAACAACAACUCCAGGUACUACCUCCACAACACCUACUACAACCACAGCCAACACAGAAUCUUCAGGUACUACUCCAAGACCUUCCUCCAGCCUGACAACCAAAGCCACGUCCACACCUUCGCCGCCACAAGGAAAGGUCACUCUGUCUCUCUCCUCUUCGACAGUGGUGAUAGCGGUGCCGAUAGCGGUGGUGGUGGCGGCGGUGAUCCUGGCCAUUGUGGUGUGUGUGACCUACCGGAGGCGACGACGUGGACAGGGAGAGGGGCAGGAGAUCCAGUAUCGUCCACAGUCCUCUCCAGCCUCACCGGAGAUAGGUUCAGCGGACAUCAUUGAGAACAGUCUGUACGAACCCUUCCCCGGCUCACUGACAGCGGCCGCCAGACAGCAUGAGACAGAAGUCGUGGAGAACAGUCUGUACGAACCCUUACCCGGCUCACUGACAGCGGCCGCCAGACAGCAUGAGACAGAAGUCGUCGAGAACAGUCUGUACGAACCCUUACCCGGCUCACUGACAGCGGCCGCCAGACAGCAUGAGACAGAAGUCGUCGAGAACAGUCUGUACGAACCCCUACCCGGCUCACUGACAGCGGCCGCCAGACAGCAUGAGACAGAAGUCGUCGAGAACAGUCUGUACGAACCCCUACCCGGCUCACUGACAGCACCCACCAGUAACAGGAAGAGAAGAUAGUCGAGGAAAACAGUCCCCGGCUCCAUGACAUCACCCACCACUGAGUGAACAGGGAGAGGCAUAAGUCGUGUAGAACAGAAUGUACGAACCGGUCAACAGGGAUUACCUCUAUAGCCAUUGCAUGUCAGAAGCACACCCAUUAUUCCACGGCCACUUUGUCCGUAUAUAACAUGCCUAGAAUGACGCUUCCCGCUCCACUCGACUUCGGAAACCUUGUUAAUGGUGAUUCAUAUGACACCAGGCAGACUCUUGUAGGAAGCCGUGAACAUUGUCCUGUCGGCGGCCAUCCCCAGCCAUUUAUAAUACUUGUACGCCUUCCCUGCCUGCUCGGUAUCGUAUCCAUCACUCUCCGUCCCCCAACACUGUUCCGAAUGGCCAGGAGGUCCCCGCGGCCAAAGGAAUCCUGAACAUCCCAUCAACUCGGCGACUCGAACUGGUUAACAUCGCAGAAAUGGCGCUUUAAAAUAGAACAAUCUUCCCACCUCACUGCGUCAUCGAGAAUAUCAUCAUGUCUUUAGUAUUCUCAUCGCUUUCACAUGCCUUCCCCUUGCCAGUGUUAACCCAUGCUCAUGAUUAUUGGGUUGUCGCUAUUUUGAGGGUGUGGCUCCGAGGUUGCUGGUAUUUUAAGACGCUCUCGCUUCUCACAUCAGUUAUAUCUAAAGGUCAAAGAAGGGAUCAAUCGGGUUAUAGUGAGUUUAUUUUAGGUUCACGGUACAGAGGAAGGGUCACUCUACCCCACCAGGGAAAUGCCCACAACUCCUACGAAAGCCUUGUCAAAUAUGUGACCUUGGGGGACAAAAUAUUUUAAAAUACGACUAGUAAGGCCGGAUGCCCUUCCUGUCACUACCCGGCGGCACUGGGGCUUGAAUCGCCUCGCUUUGAAUUUUCACUUGCAUGGAUUGAUACUUGAACCCACUAAGCCAUCGCCCACGACAUCUCAAGGGUCGGCUAUCGCUCCAACCCACUAAUCACCAAUCACUGGGCUGUUCGUGAGGACUAUGCGCCAAUAACAACCAUUGAUCUAUCGGACACGAGAUGGGAGCCAGGAAUACGGGAAGGGAAUGGAAACUAGCCUUGAUUACCACUCUAUCCCUCUAGUCACCAAUCACUGGGCUGUUCCUGAAGACUGUGCGCCUGUAACAAUGACACGUCUACCGGACACGAGAUGGGAGCCACGAUUAGACGGUCACACGGGAAAGGAUAGAAACUCGCCUGGCUGUGAGAACAUCUUUGGGGAAAUAAGACAACGCGACACCACCAGGGGAAGGCGAUCUCUCUGACGUUUGUGUUAGCAGGUAACUUAUAGGAUGACAUUUUGUUUAACAGCAAUACGACCAACAGGCUCAUCCAGUCGCCAGGUACCGAUUGGGGUGCUGAAGACAUGUGUUGCUCGUGUUCACCAAAUGGAGCUGAGGCGUUUGAUCCCAGUUGUCAGCAGGAAAAAACUCUUGUUACUGCUGAAGAUUCUUUGGCGUCUGUCUGUGUGUGGCAAUGACCCCCAAGAGGCACACCCAGACCCUGGAUUCCUGCCGGGAGGGACGCCAGCAACUCCAGGUCCUGUUGUAGGCGCCGAAGGGACCUUUAGUGGACAGUGGAGAUACAACUACAGCGAUCUACCGAGAACCUGUUGCUGAUUUUAUGAUCUUGAUGAUUUAGUUAAUAAGUUAGCGAAUAAGGAACAAAAUGAUCUAAAGAAAUACCUUCGAUGAUUAUUAAAAUGACAUUGUUCAAAUAUUUUUUUUUCCAAUCUAAAAUACUAGUACAUCUCUACUGUAUAAGUUAGCAAAUAAGGAAAAAAAAUCUAAAGAAAUAUUUUCAAUGAUUAUCAAAAUGGCUUUGUUCAGAUGCACUUUUUUUCAAUCUAAAAUACUAGUACCUGUAUAUCUCUACUAUUUAAAGGUUAGCAAAUAAGGAAAAAAUAGAUCUAAAGAAAUACUUUCAAUGAUUAUCAAAAUGGCUUUGUUCAGAUGUACUUAUUUUGAUCCAUAAUACUAGUGCAUUUACAUUUAUAUUCUGUAUUGCUUUUUGACUUAUCCAUGUGAGUGUUCCCCAACUGUGUUAUGCUACCGUGGGCCCAAAUUGUCGAGUCCGUUUUGGCGUUGGCUUCCGUGGGUCCAUUUCUCCCCUCUGCUCUGCCACACAGUCCCAACACCUAUUUUUUCCUCUCAUGUGUUACCUAUAGCUUACAUAUGAGAGGAAGAGAUAGGUGUUGGGAGUGUGUGGCAGAGCAGAGGGGAGGAAAGGACCCGCGGGAGCCAACGCCAGACCGGCCUCGACAUAUUUGGAGCCCUGACGUGCGUGCAUUUAAGACAUGUGAUCAGUCUGCAGCACCACACUGGGCACGCCUUUAUAUCUUUUCUUGUUGCUGUUGUUGUUAUUAGGUUCAUAAAUAAGUGGGGGGGGGCUUUCAUGUUUACGUACUUGUUGCUGUUGAUUUGGAUAGUCAAACAUUUUCUUUAGGGGGAGCGGGAACGUAUUUCAUGCUUACCAACGUGAACAGCCAAUCGUAUAAGUUCCUGAGGUUUUCCUGGACUGUUUCGUGAUGCCAGUGAUAGCUGUACACGACUUCUGGACUUGAACGAAAAAAUUACCCAUGAAAACCCGGUAAAUCUUCUCUAUAGCCUUGGAAAAUAAUCGUAAUGGGAGCCAGAGUAAAAAAAAAAUGUAUAUAUAUGGCCCUCAGACUGUCCACGGGGUUCAGCUUGUACAGUAUGAUUAAUGAUUGAGUCCCGCCUGUCCCCCAUCUUAUCUGAUCCUGUGACUUGACAUCAAUAAAAACACAACAAAAUGCUUGUCCCCUACCAUUGUAUCUUCUUAGUUUCCUGGUGCUACUUACAUGUAUCCUUAGUUGUAUAAUCACACUCUGUACUGCCUGGGGGUUGAGAUGGCAUGUUCCUCCCUUCUCCUUUGUUGUUUACUUGCAACAAUAAACUAUCAAUCAUC